GAGUAAGGCAGAAGUGAGGUUGAAGUGACUUCUGCUCGGCGGCUUGGCUUGUGGGCCAUUUGUGGAUGGGGUAGAGUGAGAAUCACACGUGGCUUGGAAAAGUCACUGCAUCAAAUGCGAUCUGGAAUCCUACGCAGUUACAAUGAGUUACUAAGGGGUGGAGAGUUCCCAGCUGAGAGUAUAUGUAUUAUAUGUAUGUAAGUUACGUGUUUUCAUGCUGUAGCAGUACCAAGACUGUUUCACCUCCCCUUUUUUUGGACAUGAGUUUAUCAUUUCCCUUUGUAAUCAUGAUCUUGAACCUUCUGGAUCUUGCUUGGUUUAAGUAGUUUGUCGAUUGUUGCCAAGGUACUGCUUAGACGUUCGGCAUACACAACCUGAGUAUGAAUGUCAUAGGUCAACAGUGGCCCGGUUCUUUGACAUUCCCUAGGUCCUGUCUUGAACUACCAUUUGCUCCAUGAUUCCACAUUCCAAUGAUCUAAGACAAAUUGUAAAGGCAUCACAUCUCUGUUUCUUUUAAAGCCACCAGUGAAGACUAUAAACUCCUGGAAAAUAUGAAUAAAUUAACCAGCUUGAAGUAUCUUGAAAUGAAAGAUAUUGCUAUAAACAUUAGUAGAAACUUAAAGGACUUAAACCAGAAGUAUGCGGGGCUGCAGCCGUACCUGGACCAGAUCAAUGUCAUCGAGGAGCAGGUGGCAGCUCUGGAGCAGGCGGCUUACAAGUUGGAUGCGUAUUCAAAAAAACUGGAAGCCAAGUACAAGAAGCUGGAGAAGCGGUGAAAAACUUACCUCUGCGGGACAAAACCUUUUUUAAUGUGGAAGAAUGUUUUAUGAGCCCUAAGUCCUGACGGAUCGUCCAAACUCCUCGAAAGGCAGCUGGGCUGGUCGUCCCAGGAGCAUCUCAACGCUGGCGUCAGCUGGAGGACUGUGGCUGGCCCGCCCCGCCUUCGAGGCAGCGUCCCUCAGAAUCACACACUCAGCUCCUUACCUUUUACUUGAAUGCUUCCGCAUCCCUUCAGGACAGGCUCUCAAGGCUCAGGAAACCCCGGGACUUGCCAGUAAAAUGCAGUGACAGGGCCAGUUUUCUAUGGUAGUGGUUGGUUACGAUAUUACUUUAAGUGGCUGGUUUUUUAGUUACUGUGUAAAUGGUGUUUUUUUUCUUCUGUUAAUGAUGUUAAUAUGUUGUUAACAAGAUUCUCGAUUUCAAAAGGAAAACAAAACAAACUUUGCAGCUUAUCACCUUGUGAAUAGCAGUAAUUUGCUUUUUUAUAACAUUGCAAAUAGUACACAAUCUUAAAAUAAUUCCAGGCUGAGUCUUCUAGACUGAGCAGAAAUAGUAAAAGGAGGGUUUUGCUGACUGGGCUCUGGGAUGAGUCCCUCUGUCUCUUUUCUGUGUGAGUCCGAUGUCUGGAGACAGAUGAUAUCUUGACAUGUGCUCCCUUUUGGAAAUGUGAUGACAGAAACAAGAUGUGUAUAUGUUGGGUGGGGAUAUGGGGAUGGCCUCAUGGAAUAAAGCAUUUUAUAGAACACC